UUACUUACAAACUUGAAGCACAACACACAGUGACCGCCGCAGCAGUCAAUGGCGUCGAUGCUUCGGUCGCCGCUCCCUCUCUCCCACCACGCAUCCACUUCUGUCUCCAGUUUUCCCACAGCUCCUCACAUACUUGGAAAUUUGCCGGCGCUUCAUCGGAGAAGCUGUGAUUUCAAGAAUCAAGUCGUUUGUCAAUCCUCUUCCGGUGAAGUCACCUUCAUUCAGCCCCCUAAAUCUAAAGAUGAUCUCGAUGCCUCUCUCAAGAUCAAAUUAUUGAGUGCUGUUUCUGGGCUGAACAGAGGUCUUGCUGCGAGCGAAGAUGACCUGCGAAAAGCCGAUGAAGCCGCGAAAGAGCUUGAAGCAGCUGCAGGUCCAGUUGAUCUGUGUGCUGAGAAUGAUAAGCUUCAAGGCAGGUGGAAACUCAUUUACAGCAGUGCCUUCUCAACUCGAACCCUUGGAGGUUCCCGGCCCGGCCCACCUACGGGGAGGCUUCUUCCCAUAACUCUCGGCCAGGUGUUCCAAAGGAUCGAUGUCUUCAGCAAAGACUUUGACAACAUUGUUGAGCUCGAAUUGGGGGCUCCGUGGCCUCUUCCGCCUGUCGAAUUGACCGCCACCUUAGCCCACAAGUUCGAACUCAUAGGAAGUAGUGGAAUCAAGAUCACGUUUGACAAGACAACGGUGAAGGCUACGGGAAACUUGUCUCAGUUGCCGGCAUUGGAUGUUCCACGGAUACCGGAUGCGCUCAGACCUCAAUCUAAUACGGGAAGUGGUGAGUUUGAGGUUACAUACCUUGACUCUGAUACACGUAUAACUCGAGGGGACAGAGGAGAGCUCAGGGUUUUUGUCAUCGCGUGAUGGCACGGUUUUGAGAACUCGGGUUGCUGCUGUUUUCUCCGGUGAGUUUGAUGCAGUUUUAGGUGCAUCUGUUGUAAAGAAAUAUGCAUUGUUCGUGAGCUGAAUGUAAAAGAAUAACACACACCUCCAUGUUAUGAUACUUUUCCUUCUCUUACUUCUACAUGAUAGUACUAUGAAGGAUCAAAUGUGAUAGUUCAAUUUUCGAUGGAAAUGUCAUGUGCAUUCUAACA